AUGGGCAACGAUGGAGGAAGUAUUCCGACCCGACGCGAGCUCGUCAAAGAAGCCGCCCGCAAUCCCUCUUCCUCAGAAUUGAAAGACAAACAAAAAGAACACCUCUCCCAUCGAUGGUCAACUUGCCCCGUUUCCAACAAGCCCCUAGUUAAACCAGUUGUGUCAGAUUACUCGGGCGAGCUGUACAACAAAGACGCCAUCAUUCAAUUUCUGCUGCCAGCCGAAGUCAGCUCGGUUGAUAAGGAAGAGUAUGAGAAAUUCAUUCAGGGCCGAAUCAAAAGCCUCAAAGAUGUGGUCGAACUUCAAUUCGAGGUCGAUAACGCCUCACCCAACAAGACUGCUCGCUGGAUCUGCCCCAUCACCUCAAAAGAACUUGGCCCAAAUGUCAAGGCUGUCUACAUUGUUCCUUGCGGCCACGUCUUUUCCCACGAGGCCAUUAAAGAGAUGAAGGGCGAUGGCAAGUGUGUCCAAUGUGCCACGACAUACGAAGAACGAGACAUCGUACCGAUCCUUCCCAGCAACGAAACAGACAAAUCUUUCGUCUUGAGUCGCAUCGAAAUCAUGAAAUCCCUCGGCUUGACACAUGCCUUGAAAAAGGCCAGCGGGGUAAAGAAAAGGAAAGCAAAUGCUGACUCAAAUUCAGAACCCACCGCCACUACCACUACCUCUGACAGACCGUCUUCCAAGACGCAAGAAGAUCAAGAUGCUCCUCGGCUCAUCGAUUCCUCAGCGAAGCCCAGAUCCGGUACAUCCACUCCUCGGCCCUCCAACGGCAUCAAAGACUCGGCCACCGCCAAUCUCACUGCGCGCGUUCUGCAAGAAGAAGCUGCCCGCAAGAAACAACGACGCGAGAAUGACACGAUUUCCUCUCUUUAUACGAAAAAGAAUGAUCAUGCCAAACACGAUGGCAAUUUCAUGACUCGAGGUUUUACAAUUCCAGCCAACGCUCGCCACCAGUGA